AUGGCUUCCAACCGUCACGUUCUUGUGCUCGGAGGCAAUGGAAAGAUUAGCAGGCUUCUCACAGUCAUCCUGCUGAAGAAGUCCUGGACUGUGACGAGUCUGAUCCGUAACCCUGACCAGAUCGAUGACCUGAAGAAGAUCUCGGAGGGCUUACCGGGAGACCACAAGAUCCUGGUCCAUGAUCUCAUCAAAGUUGAUAGUCAGGAGAAGGCCGCGGCUAUUCUUGACGAAGUGAAGCCGGACUCUGUCGUAUUCAGCGCUGGCCCUGGAAGGGGAACUGAUCAAGACACGAUCAUCCGCAUCGAUCGUGAUGCUGCAAUCUUCUUCGUCAAGGCCUCGGUCGCCAACAAGUCAGUCAGUCAUCAUGUCCAGGUCUCCUACUUGGGCGCUCGACGCGAGCAAGCUCCCUGGUGGACUGCCGAAGACUGGGAAGGCUGGAAGAAGGUCAACUCAACCUUCCUGGGUCCUUACUAUGAGCCCAAGACCGCCGCUGAUGAAGCUCUUGUUACUGAAGCCAGAAAGAGAGACGGCUUGACCGCUGUAUCGGUCCGCCCUGGCGGUCUCACCGACAAGGACGAAGGGGGAGUGCUCUUGGGACAGACGAAGCAGGCCAGAGGCAUGACCACUCGGGCGUCAACAGCGAGAGUCAUGGCCUUGGUGUUGGAGAAAGAGGGUGUGAAGGGGCAUUGGUUGGAUGUUCUCGACGGUGAGGAAGAUGCAGCGGCUGCAGUCGAUCGUUACGUUCGUGAUGAGACGGAGUGUGCUGAAGGAGAGCCGGUCCUGAAGAACUAA